AUGUCCGAGAGUCCAAGAGAGGCUGUACUGAGUCAAAUAAGUGACUCAGUCAAGGCCAUUUACGGAUUGCCCGAGUGCAGAACGAUUGCAAAGAAGAUGUAUUGUAAUCUGGUGAGAAGGGUGAAGCUUUUAAGCCCUCUGUUUGAGGAAUUGAGGGAGGUUGAAGAAGAAGAGUUUGGAAGCGACGUUGUUAAGGGGCUUGACUCGCUGAGAAUCGCCCUUGACUCAGCUCUUGAGAUGCUAAAAUCGAUCCAUGAAGGCAGUAAGAUUUUCCAGGUGUUGCAAGUGGACAAAAUAGCAUGCAAGUUUGAUCUUGUUACUGAACAGAUAGAAGCAGCAUUGAGUCAGAUUCCCUAUGAUAAACUUGAUAUACCGGAGGAUGUUCGAGAACAGAUUGAACUUGUGCAUACACAAUUCAAAAGAGCAGUAGGUAAAAUGGAGUCUCUUGAUUUGCAACUGGCAAUAGAUUUAGCUUCUGCGCAAAUGGAAGAUGACCCCGACCCAAUAAUUUAUAAAAGGCUUUCUGAGAAACUGCAUCUCAGGACUAUAAAUGAUCUGAAGAAAGAGUCACUUGCCAUCCACAACAUGGUUAUCUCAUGCAGUGGAUUUCCAGCUGGAGUACCAGAGGAGUACUUUGAAACUAUGUCGUUUCUCCUUCGAAAGGUAAAGGACUGUGUGACGGAGGAAAAUCCUGUCCCUGACACCCUUGAAGCUGACAAGAGUUCAAUUAAGCACAGAUCUCCAGUUAUCCCAGAUGACUUCCGCUGUCCAAUAUCGCUUGAGUUGAUGAGAGAUCCUGUAAUUGUGUCUACUGGACAGACAUACGAGCGGUCCUCCAUUCAAAAAUGGUUGGAUGCAGGUCACAAGACUUGCCCCAAGACUCAGCAGACGCUAUUGCACACAGCCCUAACACCAAAUUAUGUUUUGAAGAGUCUUAUUGCUUUGUGGUGUGAGAGCAAUGGUGUUGAGCUGCCUAAAAAACAAGGGAACUGUCGCAAUAAAAGAACGGGAAUUGGUGGUUCAGACUGUGAUCAAGCUGCUAUUGAUGCCUUGUUGCAGAAACUUGCAAAUGGUACUAUUGAACAGCAAAGAGCUGCUGCGGGUGAGCUUCGUUUGCUAGCAAAAAGAAAUGCAGAUAACAGAGUAUGUAUUGCAGAAGCAGGAGCUAUUCCACUGCUAGUCGAACUAUUAUCCUCUUCCGAUCCAAGGACUCAGGAGCAUGCCGUCACAGCACUUCUUAACCUCUCUAUAAAUGAGGCGAACAAGGGAACUAUUGUAAAUGCCGGCGCAAUACCUGAUAUAGUGGAUGUGCUAAAAAAUGGCAGCAUGGAAGCUAGAGAAAACGCAGCAGCAACCCUUUUUAGCUUGUCCGUUCUAGAUGAGAACAAGGUGGCGAUAGGAGCAGCUGGAGCCAUCCCACCUCUUAUUGAUUUGCUCUGCCAGGGGACUCCGAGAGGAAAGAAAGAUGCGGCCACUGCUAUAUUUAACCUUUUAAUCUAUCAAGGAAACAAGGUGAGGGCCGUAAGGGCAAGGAUUGUACCACCACUUAUGAGAUUGCUCAAGGAUCCCGGAGGAGGAAUGGUGGAUGAAGCUCUGGCAAUAUUGGCUAUUCUUGCUAGCCAUCCAGAAGGGAAAGUAGCAAUUGGGCAAGCUGAGCCAAUCACUAUUUUGAUCGAGGCAAUUAAGACUGGUUCGCCACACAACCGGGAAAAUGCAUCAGCAAUAUUAUGGUCCUUAUGCACGGGUGAUUCUCAAUACUUGAAACUUGCCAGUGAGCUAGGAGCAGAAGAGGCAUUGAAGGAAUUGUCGGAGAGUGGGACCGACAGGGCCAAAAGAAAAGCCGGAGAUGUUUUGAAGCUUCUCCAGCGAGCUGAAGACGUUAUUGAAUGA